UUAUACAAUUUUGUAAAUAAGUAAUUUUUCUCCUUCACUGAUGUGCGCUAAUGAGGCUGCAGUGAUGGGCACUGAUAGGCUGCACUGAUGGACACUGAUAGGUGGCACUGAUUGGCAGCACUGAUAGGUGGCACUGAUUGACAUUGAUAGGUGGCACUGACUGGCACUGAUGGGUGACAUUGAAAGGCAGCUCAGAUGGGCACUGAUAUGUGGCAUUGAUGUGCACUGGUAUGCACUGAUAUGUGGCAUUGAUGUGGCACUGGCACGUGGCACUGAUGGGCACUGGCACGUGGCACUGAUCAGCACUGACAGGUGG